ACCAGAGGGCGACGUGGGCCCCGAAGGCCCCCGCUGCCAGCCAUCGAGGAAGCGUGGCGGGCGACUAGGCGCGGUGUGUGUGUGUGUGCGGCGGCUCCACCAUGUCGAAGGUGUCUUUUAAAAUCACGCUGACGUCGGACCCUCGGCUCCCGUAUAAAGUUCUCAGUGUUCCUGAAAGUACACCAUUCACAGCAGUGUUAAAGUUUGCAGCAGAAGAAUUUAAAGUUCCUGCAGCAACAAGUGCGAUUAUUACUAAUGAUGGAAUAGGAAUAAAUCCAGCACAGACUGCCGGAAAUGUUUUUCUGAAACAUGGCUCAGAGCUGCGAAUCAUUCCUAGAGACCGAGUUGGAAGUUGCUAAUGUCUGCUUCUUGGAAUACAGGGCCUUUCAGAAUAAGUACUGGUGUUUGUUGUUGCUGUAUGGUUGAAAUCAGGCAUUCAUGGUACAAUGAAAGCACCAAGAAUUUAUGAGACAAGGAAAGGUGACUCUCGUUCCUUCUUGUUCAUUUUGUUCAUGGGAAGAGAGAAUGCCAUUGAGUGGAGGGUACCAACCGUAGGUCACACAGUGGUUGCCUCGCCACUGCUGCCUCACCAGAAGAAGAGGGUACUUCUGUGACAAAUGGACUGUGCUUUAAACAAACAAACAGAACCACCAACAACAGAACCAGAGGAUGAGUCUAAUUCUUUUCAGGAACAUUUGGAAAAUCAAAAUACACUGUAUUGGAUGUACUUCUAAUUUUAGGAUUUAACAGAUAAUUGAUCAUAAAGGCAGUUGGCUUGACAGCAUCUCAGCUGCAGGCCCAUAUUUAGAUUUUAAAUUAUAUCCUUUGUGAUGAAGUUAAUGGUUAUUUCUGUGAACAGUUAAAUUUUGUACAAAGGCUGAAUUAAAUUAUGGAAUAUUACCUUUAUGUGUGUAAAGUUGCUAUCUUAACACCAAAUAGCUUUGACACGGUGAUCUUCUGAAAUCAAGUGUGUCCUGGCAGGAACUGACAGUGUCACAGGAGAAGUCAGAGAAGUGCAAUAGGGUUGGAGAAGUGUGAAAGGGAAGAGUGCUGGCCACAGGGUCAAAAGGCAACUACAUACAUAUUUCACAACACCCCACAGCAGUCUACAGAAAGAUUUCAGGGCCUGGGAUGUGAUGUGGCGUCUCAGCUCAGCAAAGCUUUGCUAGCCUGACAGUGAGUGAGUAAGUUCAGUUCCCCAAAUCAAAUCCAUGUGGAAAGAGACCAAAUCACAGUUAUCCUCUGACCUUACAUGGACACCCUGAUGUGAGCCAAUACCCUAUCCCACAGUUAUAAAUUUAUAAACGAUUUUAUUUGUCCCUAUAGAAGAAAUCCAUGUCUUGGCAUAUCUUGCAGGAUGAAUUAAAUGCUGACAGUGACUAAGUAAGAGCUGGGCUGCUCUGCUUUAGUGGGUGAGGUCUUUGGAGGUGAGGGUCUGCCACAUGCUCCCUAGAGCUAGAAAUACAAGUUUUCAAUAAAUAUUGACUGAAUUCA